UCGUACUUCUACCGUCGCCUAGCAAGAAAAACUCGUCCAUAAAUUCUCUAGAAUCGAACGACGUCGCAUCAUGCACCAUCGAAAGCAACGCAAUGCAACGACUACCAUCAUCAAUACUACUUCACCAAACAAAUCGCCAAAAGUCGAUGCGGGUCACAAUACGAUGGCGAAAUUACGGUUUCUUAAGAAGCCGCUAUGCUUGCAAUAUAUGAUCAGUUCCCAGUGCAAGAGAACUAACAAGACCAAGGCAAAAGAUCAAUCCUUAAUUUUCGCACUGGUACUUGGUGUGAUGCGACUUUUUACAUGGAUUAAUUGCUUCAUUCGCAAUGAUGUGUGGGAUUUCAUUACAACUCCAGUUGACGAAUUGGAAAGAAGAAUGCACAAAACUUCGAGCAUCAGUCAACAGCGACUAAGGAAGAGACUCCGAGAUCGUCCCGUUCCAGCAAGAUACAAUAAAAGCCGAAGCAGCUCGUGGAAUCAAGUGUCAUCGGAUUGGCAGUACAGAAGAGCGUUCAGCCAACCUCAACUUUGCUAUGCCUAGGAACCAUCUCAAGCUCAAAAUAUCCGUUGUCACUUAUAUUUAUCCAUCACUCCUCUUCUCAACACCUCUUGUCAAGCUUUACCCGAAUUAGAUUCAACGCUCACUCACCUAUAGAUAUAGAUCCUUUGCUCACUAACCAUGUCAUCGUAUUUUGUUCAUCAUGAGAUAGUUCCAGGGAGUCAUUGAUGUAUACAGCUAUAUUCCAAAAGAGUGUGUUUUUCUAUGAAAUUUCAC